AUGUCAUUCCCUGUGGAUUUGUUGGACAGCUAUACUCAUGAAGAGUUGGCAAGAACAGCGGAGAACUACUUGUUUGAACUUAAGCGCAGGAAUCCAAACUGUCCUGAAUUCUUUUCUCUUCCAGUCCAUGGCAGUAUUCCUAUUAGGUUGUCAAAUGUGGCCUUCGUUCUUCUUUAUGGUGAAAAGCAGCCACACAAAGUUCUUGCUUUGUUUGCACCAGGAGACUUGCACACAGCUGUAGCCCUGUAUCUUGCUGAAAAAUGGUGGUCAGUCGAUGACAUUGUGAGAACAUCUGCCCCUGCUAGACAGGGGCUUCAUCAGGUGAAGUCGCUUGGAGAGAGGGUUGUUCUCUACAUUCUGAAUCGAAUUAUCUAUCGGACACAAGAAAUGGAAAGAACUGACAUCCCGUUUCUCUGUCAUGAUAGCAAUGACUAUGCUAAGAUCAUGUGGAACAAAGGAGAAGCUAUUGGGUUCUAUUCUGUUAAAGUUACAGGAAGUGCUUGCAGCUCUUAUGGUCGUGUGAAUUACAAGCUGCCAGUGAUGGACACCAUGUUUGUAAGAAAGAAACAUCGUGAGGGUGACUUUGGGCUAAUCAUGUUGGAAGAUUUUGUGAAUUGCUUCACUGAAAAUUGUCUUGGCCUGCGGUACCCAAUGUCACCCUUCAUGUAUGCAGUUUGUAAGAAAUACUAUGAGAAGUACCCUGAGCAGGAGCACCUUUUGUGGGAAGUGCAGGGACCAGGACUUUGGUUCCAGAAAAAAUCUAUUCUAUCUCUAUUGCAAAAAGAAAAGACCAAAAAUGAAG